CAGAGGCACAUGGCGCAGGGUGGCGGUGGAGGCAGCAGCAAUGGAAGGCCAUACAGCACCCUAUCACAAAAUGGAACCCACCAAUAGUGUAAGGAGAGACCUGAAAGUGGCACAUGGCAGAGUCUGGUGAUGAAGUCAGCAGCAAUGGGAGGCCGUACAGGGACCCAUGACACACUCUGGACCUGGCAGCAGCUGCUUACGCUCCGCCACUCUGCCAUGGGCCCCUGUACCGCCUCCUCAUGCUGCUGCCAGGCCCGUAAUCUGCCAGCACCCUAUCACAAAAUGGAACCCACCAACAGUGUAAGGAGACCUGAAAGUGGCACA